UUUAGCAUUAAAAGUAGAAAACCAGAAAAGGGAAGCUAAUGAUAGGUCGAGAGAAAAAUCUCAAAAAAAAGAUCGUGUGUGAACACAAUUAAUUAGAAGAUGGAAGACUUGGUGGGCAAGGCCAUUCCUCUGUAUUAAUUUUAGGUGGAGAAGAUGUGAACAUGUAAGGGUUUUGUUGCUUCUCGCUAAGAACAUCCUAAUUCAUGUCUCUGCUUCUCAGCCGGCUCUCGAAGAUUGCCCUUGGGAAACCUGCGUCCGUAAGAUCUUCUCUUGUUCUUAUUCUCUCUAAUGGCUUCUCAUCUUCCGCGCUACAAACCCAUCCUUGUCGCAUCAUGACUGCUCGUCCUUGUGGAGAGGAUCUCGGAAAACUUAUGAUUAUGGAGAAUGCUACUGAUUGUAAAGUCACUCUUUUGGAAAAGAAGGUACCCAUGGAGUUGGUGUAUGUAGAUGAAAUUAUAACGGUGGGAUCAUCUCAUGGAUGGGUAGCUUCUUUGAAGGACGACGGAAUAUUGCGUCUCCAAGACGAUCUAAAUCCAUAUGCAUCGUAUACAGACCCUAAACGCAUCUCUCUGCCUCCUUUUGUAACUUUGCCUCGUUGCCAAACCCAAAUUGUUACCAACGUGGCCAUGUCCUCCUCUUGUCCUGAGGAUGAGAACUGUGUUGUGGCUGUCAAAUUCUUGGGUCCUCAACUCAGCUUUUGCAGACCGGCACAAAGUAACUCUGAGUGGACCAACAUCAAGAUCGCAAGCCCUAGCUUCUUCUCGUCCGAUGUCAUGUAUUCCAAGAAAGAUGACAUGUUUCGUAUUCCCGGAUCUGGAGGCCACCUCAUCGGAUCAUGGGAUCCCCGCACAGAGGAUCACAAUCCCAAGAUUCAGAGGCUGCGAUUCCGAAACCUUCCCGAGCUACCUAGGGCCAAGCGGGAGCUUCUGGAUUCGUGUUACAGGAGUGAACACUUGGUGGAGUCAAGAAACACCGGUGAAACUUUCUUGGUAAAGCGGUACAAAAAGGCCACGACCAGAGAUACGGUAAAAAUGAAAACAAAAGGUGUAAUGGUGUUCAAGCUAGACGAAAAAGGGAACGCUGUUUACACUGAAGACAUUGGAGAUCUUUGCAUUUUUCUCUCAAAGUCUAAACCUUUCUGUGCUAGCAGCUCCAGGUUCCCUAACUGCGUUGAUAUAUGUGAUGUCGACGAAUUAGCAAUUGCGUCUCUGACGUUUGACUCCAUCAAUGGUGUAACUCGUACAAACGGGGCACCUUACCAUAUUCCACCUCAAAUUAUAGUCUAGUUGUUGUUUGGGAUUUAGAGUUUGAGUCUAGAGUCUGUUUUUUCUCUUAAACCUUGGAAACACCAAAUCUAUUAUUUCAGUUUUCUCAUGAAGUAACUUGUUGAUGGGUUUUCUUUUUACGGUUCUUCAGAAGGCUUUAACGUCUCUGCUACAGUUUGUUGUUAUCUGAAUAAACGAAAAGAUAUUGAGUUCAAACCUGGAUGCAAGUCACUAUGCCCAGGAAACACGACAGAGUUCAAAAUCCUUUAGUAACGUGUUUGUGUGUAAUAGCUUUCCAAAGUGACUUUAAUAUUCUUC